CCGGAGAGGAAAAAAAAGAGAAAAAACGUUCUGUUGAAAACCGAGACGUGAAGCGAAGCGGAGGCUAGAGGCAGAAACUCACCGGCACCGGGGCCAGCGACCGCAGACAAAAGCCUCGCAGAAAACUGAAUGAGAUAGCAAAUAUCCAUCUCCAGCCUCUGAGUUAACAGACGUGAUCGGCCAGCGAGUCGCAGACAAGAAGCACAGAUGGACACCAGGAACGCCACUGAAGAGAAACCUGUCCAGCGCUCGAAGUCUUUCAGCUUCAAGACCCAAAAGGAAGUGUGCUCAUCAUGUGAGAAAACGGUCUACCCAAUGGAGAGAUUGGUGGCCAACAACCUGGUCUUCCAUUCAGCAUGCUUCUGCUGCAAGCACUGCAACGCCAAACUCAGCCUUGGCACCUUCGCAGCUCUUCAAGGAGAAUUUUACUGUAAACCCCACUUUCAGCAGCUGUUCAAAAGCAAAGGCAACUACGACGAGGGCUUCGGACGGAAACAGCACAAAGAGCUCUGGGCCUCCAAGGAGCCGGAUAAUAUGACAAAGACGGCAUAAUCAUGCCCGCGUCCCAUCCCAGCCAUGCCUCUUUCUUUUUCCUCCUCCUAACACCUCCGAUACAUCACGAUGAACACAUGCCUCAUAUGCUGAGGCACUGUUUAAUCUCCCACGCGCUCACUCGCUAUUUAAAGGCCAUCAGAACAGAUACAUGCACAAACAGCUUGGAAAUGACUGGCCAGUCAUAAUCCAUACCACUUAUAAAAAAAGAAAAAUAUUUUGUGGAUAUAUAUUUUGGAUUCAAUUUAAUUGAUAUCUCUAUUUUCUUCAUUUUAUUUUCCAAUUUCCUGUUUGGAAUUGGUAGUUGAUUGUGACCAAAAGCCUUCUCUAAUAUGGGGAGUAAAAUAAUAAUAAUAAUCACUUUUAUUUCCUUUUUUAUUCUUUUUAAUAAUUUGCACCCAUUUUUAUUUUUUUUAAAAAGUAAACUGUAUGCUCAGGCAAACAUAUCAGAGGGGUUAUAGAGCAUCCAUGUUUCGCAGUAGAGCAUACACUCAGGUCAAAUUUCACCCCAGGAUUUAAAGAUAAUAUUACAUAGUUUUAACAAAAACAACAGAAAUCAAAAUAACAGUCCUCAGUAUUGUUACUUUGCUUGUCAGACAGUUAUGUCAGUUUGUCAGGUUUCAUAUAUUUGAGGAACAUACAGGGUACAGAGUACUGUAAAAAUAACGGCACACAUCAGCAACAGCUCACCUCUUGUUUUAAAUUUUUGUGUUAAGUUGAAUUAUUGUCCGUUUCAUCCCACGGUUUGUUCUUAUUUUAUUGACCACUGUGAGUCUUAUAUCCUUGCAUGUAUGGAUGACUGGGUCUUAAUAGCCUUAUCUAAUGACUGUAUAGAUCUUUGUGUUGUAAAUGAUUUGUUUCAUUUAUGCAUAGUAAAUCACUUUUUUAAAGGUUUUUAGAAGCACUUGGGUUUGGAUUUGAUGUCUCGGCAUAAAUUGAUCCUCUGAGCUUUUAUCGAUGGUUGAAAUUUUACUGAAAUUCUCAGAUUGUGUUUUGUAUACUAUCUGUACGUAGAGCUGUAGUUCGUGAUUAGUGAACAUUCCCCACCUUACUGUACUCUCUCGUCUUGCACAUAUGACCACACAUGAUCACCAGACAAUAUAAUCACAGGGAAACUGAGGCCUUGUUCGUUAACAUCCCUCACUCCGUUGGAUGAAACAUCUUAAGAGGAGCUGUUGGUUAAAUUGACCACUACGACUACAUUUCUGUGUCACUAAUGAAGUUGUCGUUGGACGUAGCUUAAGCCUUGCAGGAAACCAUCCACUUGUGUUCCUUCGUCAUUUCACGCUUUGUCAGUUGGUGGUGUCUUGUGGUGAUUUUUCCCUGCUGUAUUUGAGAGUGUUUAUAUAGCUGGACAGUCUUUUUGGGUGGACGUAGACGGAUCUAAUCCAAUCACAGUGACUUGAACAUCCAUCGUUUUGUUAACCCCCCCCCAGUCCCCCCAGUCCCAUCGAAUAAGUGUGGACAGGUUUCUUUUUUACAUAAAUGCCUUCCUGUUCUUAUCCCCUGUCUUAUUAGCUAAUUACAUCUUAGCACCUGGACCUAUUUCUUAAUAUUGAAUUUACAGUAGGGGGCUUAGGUAGGGUUUGUCACUAUAUUAAUCCCCUGAUGUGCUCCUGCAUGCUGCAUGGAAAACCCGGUGCAGAGCACCCCCUGCUGGGGAAAGCGUGACGGUAGUGUUUAGUGUGAAAGGAAGAAAAGCGACUCGCCCCUGAACUCAACAUAGCCUUUAUUCAAAGUUUUUGAAUACGUUGCCUAGGUCCGCAGUGCAGCUGCUGCACUCCAGACACUUUUUGAUUUUAUUUUAUUAACACCUAAGAUAAAUUAACCCAGCUAGACAAGAUUUCCUCCAUCUAUAUUUCAUUCUAUUCAAAGAAUGAGUCUAAAGCCAUUCAAAUAUCUCGUUUUAGGAAAAUGUCUGAAUACCACUGAGACUUGACUGACACUUGAAUGACACAAAGUACUUUUGUGACUGAAGGUUUUACUGUGAAUUCGAGCAUGCUGUGCAGAGGAGAAAGCUAAACUUGAACAGAUGGAUAUGUGCUACUUUUUUUAAAGAGAAGCCUUAGAAAUAAAUAGCUGAUCUUAUUCCUUUUUCAAACAAGUCCUUUUGAGUGCACAGAUCUUAACAAAGAAAUCUCCUGAUAAGGCCUUUUCAAAACAAACCUGCUUAGUUUAGAGCCCCACUCUUUAACAUAGGAUUACUUCACUCAACCAGCAGCCAUUUUCCCAAUCCAACCAUAUUUUAUCCACAAAAAGUAAUUCUAAUUCUGUUUGUGACAUUCUAUAUUUUCCUUUUUUUCCCCUUUUAAAACGGUCCCCUUGAUCCCUGAGAAAUAUGCUUUAAAAUCAAGAGUAUUGUAUCUAGAAAUGCUGUCUUUGUCAUUCUCCGUUAGCAGUUCGCCAAGGUACAACUGCAGAAUCUGUGAAUCGCAACUUCUAAGUGUAACAGAGCAGGCAAGGUACACUUAACGCUGGUGCCAAGAGGCUCAGGUGAAUGAUUGCAGUGUAAUGUUCUAAAUGUUAAACCUGUGAGUCAUUUCAUUUUUGUGCUUAUCUUGAUGUGGACUUACUUUUCCAAUGCUGUUGUCAUCGAGACAUCUUAAAUGUAUGCAUCCUUGAAAAUGUAUUCUGUACAGACUUGACCUGUGGAUUGAGGUGGAUUGAGGUGGCCUUACAGCAAAAGGACGCUCGGACUGUGUUCUCAGUCGUUCUCCUCUAUUCUCCCCUCUCUCUGUUGCUUAGUUGUGGUAUGGAAGUGUAACAUUUUAAAAUGUAAGCGCCCCCACCCCCUUUCUACGCCAAUAUACACAAUCAUUUUGUGCAUUUUCUUUCUUUUUUUUUUUUUUUU